AGCCGGCAGCGCCGGGCAGCGCGGAGCGGCCUCUUCCUCCCUCCCUUCUCCUCCUCCUUUUCCUCCUCUUCCUCCUCCUCCUCCUCAUCCCCGUCCCGGGAGCGCGCUCGGGCGCGUGCUGGCGGCGGCGGGGGCGCGCGCGGGCUCGGCGGGGGCGCAGCGCGGGGAUUGUUCGCGCCGCCGCUCGGGGAAGCGGAACGCGGGGAGCGCUCCCCGCCGCGCCCCCGCUGCCUCCUCCUCAUCCUCCUCCUCGGCCGCCGCCGCCUCCCGCCCCGCCGCCCCCGUGUCCGCGCCGGACCCCCACCCCGCCGCCAAUAUUCCCGAGAUCAAGCGCUACGCGGCGGCGGCGGGGCCGGCGGCGGGGCCCGGGGCGGGCGGCGGGGCCGGCGGCGAGAGCAGCGAGGCCGCCACCGCCGCCAUGGAGGCGCUGGGACCCGGGCCCCCAACAAGCCUUUUCCAGCCGCCCCGUCGCCCAGGCCUGGGCACUGUUGGGAAACCCAUCCGGCUCCUGGCCAACCACUUCCAGGUUCAGAUCCCCAAGAUUGAUGUUUAUCACUAUGAUGUAGAUAUCAAACCAGAGAAACGUCCCAGGAGAGUCAACAGGGAGGUGGUGGAUACGAUGGUGAGGCACUUCAAGAUGCAGAUAUUUGGGGAUCGGCAGCCUGGCUACGAUGGGAAGCGGAACAUGUACACGGCACACCCCUUACCCAUUGGCAGGGACAGAGUGGAUAUGGAGGUUACACUUCCAGGAGAGGGGAAGGACCAGACAUUUAAGGUUUCCAUUCAAUGGGUGUCAGUUGUCAGCCUUCAGAUGCUGCUGGAAGCACUGGCAGGGCACUUGAAUGAAGUUCCUGAAGAUUCUGUACAGGCACUGGAUGUAAUCACACGGCACCUUCCCUCCAUGAGGUACACCCCUGUGGGUCGCUCCUUUUUCUCCCCUCCUGAAGGUUAUUACCACCCCCUGGGAGGGGGCAGGGAGGUCUGGUUUGGCUUCCACCAGUCAGUCCGUCCUGCCAUGUGGAACAUGAUGCUCAACAUUGAUGUGUCAGCGACUGCUUUCUAUCGUGCCCAGCCUAUCAUUGAGUUCAUGUGCGAGGUUUUGGACAUCCAGAACAUCAGUGAACAAAGCAAACCUCUGACAGACUCCCAGCGUGUCAAGUUUACCAAAGAAAUCAGAGGUCUAAAAGUAGAGGUUACCCACUGUGGCCAGAUGAAGAGAAAAUACCGAGUUUGCAACGUUACCCGGCGACCAGCCAGUCACCAGACGUUCCCUCUGCAGCUGGAGAAUGGGCAGGCUAUGGAGUGCACAGUUGCUCAGUAUUUUAAGCAGAAGUACAGUCUGCAGCUGAAAUACCCUCACCUGCCCUGUCUCCAAGUGGGUCAGGAGCAGAAACACACGUAUCUGCCACUGGAGGUGUGUAACAUCGUGGCUGGCCAGAGGUGCAUCAAGAAACUCACAGACAAUCAGACCUCGACCAUGAUAAAAGCGACAGCCAGGUCUGCCCCAGACAGGCAGGAGGAGAUCAGCAGAUUGGUGAAGAGUAACAGUAUGGUUGGUGGGCCUGAUCCAUAUCUGAAGGAGUUUGGAAUUGUUGUCCAUAAUGAAAUGACAGAGCUGACAGGCAGAGUUCUGCCAGCCCCAAUGCUGCAGUAUGGAGGCAGGAACAAGACUGUGGCCACACCAAACCAAGGCGUGUGGGACAUGAGAGGGAAACAGUUCUAUGCUGGCAUUGAGAUUAAAGUUUGGGCUGUUGCCUGUUUUGCUCCUCAAAAGCAAUGCAGGGAAGACUUGCUGAAGAGUUUCACAGACCAGCUGCGCAAGAUCUCCAAGGACGCCGGGAUGCCCAUCCAGGGCCAGCCCUGCUUCUGCAAGUAUGCCCAGGGUGCAGACAGCGUGGAGCCCAUGUUCAAACACUUAAAGCUGACUUAUGUUGGCCUGCAGCUCAUCGUGGUGAUUCUGCCUGGGAAGACGCCUGUGUAUGCUGAAGUCAAGCGGGUUGGAGAUACUCUUCUAGGCAUGGCCACACAGUGUGUUCAGGUAAAGAACGUGGUCAAAACCUCACCACAAACGCUGUCAAAUCUGUGUCUGAAGAUCAAUGCCAAGCUUGGAGGAAUCAACAAUGUGCUGGUACCUCAUCAAAGAAAUUCCCACAGUCUGGAGUGGACAGUGGAGGAUAUGUCUGCAUUUGGAGUGUUCCCAGUAAGCCCUGAGCCAAGGGGAGUCAGAGCCAUCCAGCAGUCUGAGCCACCAAACUCAUCAAGGCCCUCGGUGUUCCAGCAGCCAGUGAUCUUUUUGGGAGCAGAUGUCACCCACCCUCCCGCCGGGGACGGGAAGAAGCCGUCCAUCGCGGCCGUGGUGGGCAGCAUGGACGGGCACCCCAGCCGCUACUGCGCCACGGUGCGCGUGCAGACCUCGCGCCAGGAGACCUCCCAGGAGCUGCUCUACAGCCAGGAGGUCAUCCAGGACCUGACCAACAUGGUCAGGGAGCUGUUGAUCCAGUUCUACAAAUCCACUCGUUUCAAACCCACGAGGAUCAUUUACUACAGAGGGGGAGUGUCGGAAGGACAGAUGAAACAGGUAGCUUGGCCAGAGCUGAUCGCCAUCAGGAAGGCAUGCAUUAGUUUGGAGGAAGAUUAUAGACCUGGAAUAACCUACAUUGUUGUGCAGAAAAGGCAUCACACCAGGCUAUUCUGUGCCGACAAAACUGAAAGGGUUGGUAAAAGUGGCAACGUACCAGCAGGCACUACUGUGGACAGCACCAUCACACAUCCCUCUGAAUUUGACUUUUACCUCUGUAGCCAUGCAGGAAUUCAGGGAACCAGCCGUCCCUCCCACUACCAGGUGCUGUGGGAUGACAACUGCUUCACAGCAGACGAGCUGCAGCUGCUGACGUACCAGCUGUGCCACACGUACGUGCGCUGCACCCGCUCCGUCUCCAUCCCCGCGCCCGCCUACUACGCCAGGCUGGUGGCCUUUCGGGCCAGGUACCAUCUUGUGGACAAGGAUCAUGACAGCGCUGAGGGCAGCCACGUGUCGGGGCAGAGCAACGGCCGCGAUCCGCAGGCGCUGGCCAAGGCCGUGCAGAUCCACCACGAUACCCAGCACACCAUGUAUUUUGCUUGAGAGCACCUGGGAAGAUGAGGCAAAACAACAACCCAUGCAGUCCUAAGUGUUUGGAAGCCUCCUGCUCUAUCUAGGGCCGGGGGAUUUUGGACUGCCCACUACCAGCAGCUCCGGACAGUCGCACUGAAUCUGUUCUUCACUGCAACGUCUGAUGCACCAACACAAUUGAGCCAUUUGUUUCAUUGUUUUCUGUACUAGAAAUCCAUAGACUUGUCUUUUCUGAUGCAUUGGACUGAAUUUUUACCUCAAAGCGCAAAGGCUGAUCAUCCUGAAAUUUUUCAAGGACUUGGCACGAAAGGUUUCUAUCAAAUCUUUUGCUAGCUGUGGUUUUUCAGUUCUCCUCAUCCCAUGAGCUGACGGUGACUGCUGCUCUGUCUCCGUGCCCUGCUUCGUGAGUAUGAUGUGAUGGCAAAAUGUUUUAUCCAGCUCGCUGUAAUCCUUCUGUCAUGUGGGGCCAUAGAUUUUUUAAUGGAGAUUUUAGACUUCACUACUGUAAAUGCCUUUUAACAAACAUGACUUUCACAGGUAUUGCAGUUUUUUGUCAGUUUUACUAAUUAUCUUUUUAAUCUCUGCAGACUUGGGCUGCAAAGCAAUUGCACUAUACUGCGAAUUAAUAGGUGGUUCUUGUUCUGUGAAUGUGUAAUAUAACCAAUAGUGAUGCCUGUCAGUAGAUUUUAAUGAUAAUGGUUAUAAAUAAUACUGCCAUGGUAUCGUAACAAGUACUGAACCAUCAUUUCCCCCCUCUAAAAAUGAUAAAACAAAAAAAAAAAAUUUAGCUUUUAGGUAUUUUGCAAACUUUUACAAAAGUGCCCACUUUAUGCUGCUGUGUGGUUUGAUAAAUCUAAGUGAUUUUAAAACUUUUUUCUCAUAGAAGGUUUAACUUUGGCAAUAAAUCUUUGUUUUUUAAGCCCCCCCAAACAGUGUAAUUUUCUAGCUGAGGAUUGUGCAUGAGUUUAACCAACAUUCUCGUGUCGUUUUCUGAACACACAAUUUGGCAGUUUCUGAAACAAAUUAGAAAAGACACAUUUCCAUGCUUUUUUUAAGAAUUAUUUUUAACUGUUUUAUAUUCACUGUUGGUGUCCUGUCUACAACAUUUUUUAUAAGCUUGGAAACUGGGUGUUCUAUGUAGGAAAGGCCAACGUGUGCAGUUGAAAUGUAUUGUGUGACAGGCAACCUGAGGACUUGUACCAGCAUUUUGAACUGUUUUUUUCCUGGGAAUCUGGGUUGCCCACACAACUGCAUUUACAGCAUGUUGAACCCGUGUGAGUCUCAAAUGCUGAUUCUGUCCCAGCCUAGAAAUUAGGGUUUUUAAUCUGCUUGGCUUUUUUCAGCUGCAACCUGUAAUCCAGAACAGGGACCUGGUUUCCCUGGUAUUCCUGUAAUCCAUGAACAUAGUAAUUUAAGACUAGAUUCCUUACUGUAUACCUGAGUUAGUGCAGAUUAAAGCUUAUUCCUAAACCAAGGAGGAGUUUGAGAAGCCCAAGGAUUGCACUGUGGUCUCUGAUACUCGUGUGGGGUUUGCUGCUAAGUUGUCUGCUGUCCCAAAGCUUAGGAACCACCCCCCUCCAAAUUUCAGCAAUAGGAAAUGCUGUUUCCUUCAGUCUUUAAGCUUGUAAAUAAAUGAAAGUUUACAUUUCUAAAUGCUGUUGUUUUCAGUUGUACCAGAGUACACUGAACAUCUUUAAACAGUUUUAUAAUCUUCUUGCCAGUAGUAUGUCUCAUAAAUUAAGUUUAACUUCUUUUUUUUCUGUUGAAAAUGGGACUGAAGUGAACCCUGCUCCUGGCACGUGCCAGGACAGGUUUAGAUUGAGGGAAAAAAAAAAAAAAAAGAUUCUUUUAAGUUUUUUAACUUUUUUUUUAAAGAAUACCUCACUUGUGUAAUAAAAUCAGGACAUGUGGGUGGGAGACUGACCGCUGCUUUUCUCAGUACUCGUUCAGGGAGAAGACACAAAAACCCUUUUUAGAGUGAGCUCUGACUGACCCAACACACACGGAGAACUUUGGCACCUUGAAAAGCACCUGAGCACCUGUUGGUGGUAGGAUCCAAGAUCCUUGAUUUGAGUUUGUGCACUAGAAAUGGGGCUGGUUUAACAAGGGUGCAUAAAAAAUGAACUUUACCACCAAUUAGCUGUCCAGUGCCAAGCACUCCUGGUUGAGACUGAGGGAAGGGAGAGCCUCUCCUUGGUUUGCCUGUGACUGGAUAUUUGACCUCAGACCAGGUGGAGCAUCCACCCCUGGUGAGCCCUGCACCAGCACCCGAGCAGGGCUGCUGUGAGCCCACCCCGGGCACAGGGCUGGAGUUUUGGGGGGAAAGCACUGAAGUUCAGGAUCCAAGUUGCAGCAGUGCUGCCCUAGGCAGGUCUGAGCCCAAGUCUGGAGGACUUGAGGACCUGGGUGAGCCCUGUGGGCCUGAGUGACUCGUUCUGCAUGUGUCAAUCAAUGGGAAGAUGUGCAUUCUGUAGCUGUAGUUUUAGGGUGUUUUGAUUUUUGUUUUUUUGGGUUUUUUUUAUAAAUAAAGCCUGUUGGCCACUGUUUAGCUCUGUGGUGUGAAAGAUUUUAAAUGUAGCAAAGUUCAAAGAGUUGGGGAAGGGGGUCGUUGAUAUAUAUAUCUUAAAAAAAUAUAUAUUAAAAAUAAGGGGAGGGAGGGGGCAGAAAUCCUGUUUUCCACCUGGUUCUGCUUGCUUUGUCCCUGCUGAGUUCUGAACAAGCUCUGGCAAUCCCUAGUUAGCCUGUCUCCACCAGUCUGGCUCUUGUAUUGCUGUGAGUUACCAGGAUCAUGGCCAGAGCCCCAUCCAAAGGGCAGAGGUCGGAGCACGGGCUGUCCCUGUGCACCCUCGCUCGGCCCUGCAGAUGGGGACAGGUCCUGCUUCAGAGCUGGGUCUGACAGCCCCCACCCCGACCCCUUUGUGGAUGUGCUGUAGGAGUUUUCUUGCUCAAUAGCGAGGGAGUGACUCUGCUUUCAUUUUCAGAAGGCAGGGCCAGAGGGCAUUGGAUCCAUCCUGAUCCUGAUCCACUGCAAGGCUCUUUCCCUGUGCACUGGAGGAAAGAUCUUGCACUAAAUAUCACUUACAGAUUUUCUUAGACCUUGCUAUUGACAUUUUCAUAUUUCUAUGUCUAGAGGCUGCAACUUCAAUGUAAAAUGUUUGCAUUUGUUCAGUUUGACUUCUGAUGUAAUCUUUUGGUUUCUAUAUUGUUAGACUUGUAAUGUUUCAAAUGGUAUUUUAUUAACUUUGGACUGGAUGUAUGUCUCUAGCAAUACGAGGUACUUUCUAAACUGUCCUGGGGCUCACAGCCCCGUGUCGAGAUAAGAUGCUGGUCGUGUACAAUUGCAAUGUAUUUUUUUUUUUUUUUUAGCCUGCAGGGAUAUUUUGUGUUCAUGUGUCCAAAAAUAAUAAUAAUAAUAAAAAAAAUUGGCAUUCUCGUGCCAAAUGUUCUGGUUUUCCUUAUUGCUGUCCAAUAAAUGCAAUGUACAGAGUGAGCAACCAGUACUGUUGCCUGUAAACAAAUGUCUUAAACUAUUUAACUUUUAAUUAAAACUUGUACACAAUGUG